CCUAGCUACUACGCGGCUUAAUUUGGGAACUGCGUCAUUAAGGAAGUUACACAAAUCAUCCCUAAUUAAGUACACUCGUCACUCUAACAGUAUAACUAUGGCUUCCUUGCUCCUUUCAAGGUUGUCAAACAGAUUUUUACCGUUGUGUCGGUUUGGCAAGUGGAAUGAUACAACCGGUGGUAUAACCAGUUUGUGCCGGUUCACGCCGGUUUAAAAAAUAUGAAAACAAUUAAUAUCCAAUGUAUUUAAUCAUAUAUAAAACAUAUUUGUGGAAAAUUUAGUUACAAUCCAACAAAUAUCAUCAUCUUUUAAUUAUUAUAUUCAUAAAAUGAAUAAUAAAUUAAUUUUUUAUUUAUUAAAUUCAUUAAAAUUAUGUCAUUAAACUUAGAAUGCGUAAGUCGAUCAUACCGGUGAUACCGGUGGUGUCAUGUCGAUUUCAUAACUGGCACAGGUUGAACCAGGUUGAACCGGGUGGCAUGCCACCGGCAUGACAACCAUGCUGCUUUGUCACUGGUCAUUUAGCCCUUUCUUGCAACAAUAAAGUCAAAGAUAGAAUCCCAGCCAUUGUUGAGCCAGGCAAAUUUCGCAAUUGCAUGGUGGGAUUUCGUGCAUGCACAACGCAACAAAGACGGGACAAGUAACAUUACACGGAUUUAGCCAAUCCAUCAUCCCAAAGACCCAAUGGCCAGGCUUCAGACUUACUUCAGUUGCGCGACAAUGACAAAAAAAAACAAAAAAGAGAUCACAGCAGGCAGGGAGACGCAACACAACAAUGGCUUUUUAUGUGCAAGUGUGAUGGAGUUUCAGAAAGAAAAAAAAAAGGUGGCAAGAAGAAGGAACAAGUAGUAGAGAAAAAGUAAAACUAAAACCUUAACAUUGGCACGUGAUAUGCCAAAAUAUGCUUUCUUUCCUCGUCUGAGCAGAGUAUCCCCUGCCAAACUGCGACCAAACAGUAGAAUCCAGAAAAGAGUUCCUGAUCAUGUCCGUUCUGUAAUUUUUCCUCUUCUUGUGAAGAAAAAACAAUAUAUUUUUUUUAGUUGAGGGAGAAAAUUUUAGGUAACUUGAACCAACUAACUAGUUGAUCUCAAAAGGAUAAGUGUAUUAAGCCUGAUGAUUUGUUUGUAGGCUGGAGAUGGAACCACGCCUGCAGGCUGCAACAGUCUACCAAGUUUAAAAAGGAGUAGAGUGGUUGAGUUAUGAGAGUGAUUAUUUACAUCAACUUUAAGUGAGAUUUGAGUAUUAAAUGCAAUGUCAGACAUUCUGGUGCCUCCAUCAACAAGGAAGCAAUACCUACAAUUAGUAUUUCAUGUUGUGUCAGAGCUCUUCUGUUGUCUGGGAGGAGUAGGAGAUCGUCCCAUGAACGGGUUAGGAUUUUAGGUUAGGGAGACCAAAACAGAUUAACAAUUACAAAAUUCAACAAAUAAAUAUUGUUUUCAAUUGUAUAAUAUAAUUAUUGGACGUGUUCAUUGGUUCAAGGUAUGUUACAACAUAUGUACCGUAAUUUCCAUUUAUAAGAAAAUCUAUACUAUGGGUGAUUAGAUUAUAGCAAGGGGUCAAAUUUCAGCGCUGUUGUCAGAGAGUCUUAAACCAUCAUGAAGAGAACGAGGUAAGAGUUCUAUCAACUCUUUUUCUUUUAUUUAUUAUUUUUAGUUUUGUUCAUAAUUUUAAUUAUGUUCGUGUUUCUAUCAAGUCUAGAAAAAUAUGAAUAUAUAGUUCUUUGUUUCUUCUUGAAGAUCAAAUCUAGUAGAAGUUCAUUUAGAACUUUCCUCGUUGCACUAGUAGACUAGAGUCUGCGUAUUCUAAAAGGUUGUUCGCUUUUAGGAUUUUCAAUAACGAUUUUGUAUCAAAAUCUCACACGCACAGGGUUAUGCAGAAAAGUCCAUGUUUGAUAUUAAAGUGGUGUUGGAUUAUGGUCUCUAUGGUCAUGUGCGUUGGAUUAUUUUGGAGUCAAAAUCCACUAGGUCCACAAAUUAUAAAAUCCCACACAUUUAAUUAGGAUGUUACGAGAGACUAAAAUCCAUGAUGGUAAAUGACGGAUCUAUCCUCAUUUCAUGUCAAUAUCACUUAAAAUCUAUCAUGUCAAUAAUAAAAUAUGAAUUUGGUGGGAAAGAAACCAAAGUAUAUGAGUUUAUUUAAUAAUUGAGAUUGUUAAAUUUGAUGUUUAUAAAAUAAAAUGUUUUCUACUUCUCAAUGAUAAAUUCCGAAAAUAAAAUUAGCACACGUAAGUAGGGUUGGGAAACAGGGCGAUCUUGUCCAGAUCAUACCAUAUAUACGGUCUAUGGUACAGAUCGAGAGAGUGGAGUAUAUACCACAGACCAUACCAUGAUUGUGCGGUCCAUACCAGACCACAUAUGUGCGGUUUAGUUUGAUACGGUCUGGUCCAGAUAAACCGUAAUGAACGAAAAAUGAACAAAUUUUUAAGUCAACCACAAAGAAAAAAUGAAUCAAUAACUGAGAAAAAAAUGUUCUUUUGCCUUAGAACACAAACUCCAACAUUCAUGAGGAAUUUUGAGACCCUAAAUCUCAAUAAACAACAAAAGUACAAAGUCAAAGCAUCCCAACUUGCACCAUAACGUUAUAAACAUUAACAUAAUGUCAUAGGGAGACACGUUUGUCUCUACUGUAUGAUGAAAUGUGGUUGUGAAUGAAAGAGAGGAUGGGUUUCUCGAAAUUAUGGUUGAGACUUGGGUCAUGUUUGGGGAAUCGAGAGAGUGGUGGACUUGGUUGCUAACACAUAUUGAGAAAUCGACCGAGUCCACGAUUUAAUCUGACACACUACGGUUUACACUAGACUAUACCAUACCAACAAAUCAAAACAUCACAUGAUACAGACCAUAAACCAGACCAAAACAUUUUUAACCAUCUACAAUUUGUACCAAACUGUAUAUUCCAGUUUGAUCGUUAAUUUAUCAAACCGUCUCAUUUAUUUUCAAUCUUAUAUCUACAAUAUAUAUUCUUUUUCUAUUUUAUGAAGCAGCAUAACCAUAUCCAUAUUACAUUUUUUCACAAAACUAGAAAGUUUUUAUCGGUCUUGUAAAACUAAAAGCCGUAGAGCACAGUAGAAGGCGCCUCGGAAAGGAAAACGUCGCCUUUCCUCUCAUCUCAUCAUUGUCACGCCGCCAAACUCAGCACCUCCCCUUCCCUCUCACUCUCUCUCCUCCUUAUAACGCCAAACACAUAAAAGAAAGAAUUGCCAAAAAUAAAGGUUAUCUUCUACCAAAAAAAAAAAAAUAAAGGUUAUCAAACCGAUUCAUGCUCGGUUUAACAAGUGGAAUAGUUCGACCGGUGGCACAUACCGGUUCAUGCAGGUAAAUAUGACAAAUGAAAUUAUAAAUAUUUAUAUUUAAACAUGACAUUUAACGUCAAUACUUAAACAUUUAUACUUGAAUCCAACAAAUAACAUCAAUAUUUAACUCAUAAAAUAAAUAAUAAAAUUAUUUUUAUCAAUUAAAUUCACUACAAUAAGAUCAUUUUAUUUAGAAAUUCCUAUAUCGAUCAUGCCGAUCAUACCGGUAGUGUCACGCCGGUUUUAUGACCGGUAUCUGUUGAACCAGGUUCAAUCGGUGGCACGCCGGCCGGCGUGACAAUCCCUGGCCAAAAUAUACAAUAAAUAAAUAAAAUAAAAUAAAACUAUUUAGAGAAAGAAAAAGAGAAAAGAAAAUUUGGACAGGAAAGGUGAAGCAACUGAAGAGACAGACAGAAGUCCUUUGCUGCAGAAAAAAACCCCUUCCCUUCACCUUCUUACCCUUCCAUCAUCAUCAUUCCUUUCCCUUUCAUAGUUUCAAACAACCUCUCUCUCUCUCUCUCAUCCCUUUUCAGCUUUCCUCCGUCGUCCAGAAAACCUGUGUGUUCCCCUUCCUCCAACCCAUCCCCUCUCCCCCGCACCACCGCCAUGUCGCCGGCAAUUCCAAACUCCCACCCCCAAACCCCUUCUUCUGCUCUAAACCCCAACGCACCGCCUUUCAACAACCCACCGGCGCCUCGCCGCUCAAUGCCGCUCGCUCUUCUUCCCCCUCCUCCGACCAAGACCCAAACCCACACCGACGCCAAAAUUUCGCCUCUCCCUCUCAAACCCACCGCCGCCGGCGAUCAUUCCCAGGCCUUCUUCUAUCACCCCGCUGUAAUCCCCAACCCUAAUCGACUCUUCUUCUACUACUACUACUGCUACCCUCUUCCUCAUACACAGCUCCCUCCUGCCCCCGUCUACAUGAACGACAACCACUAUUACCACCCAGGAGGUUUCCGGCCGAUCGCCAUUUGCCCACAGCCAUCCCCACCGCCGCUCAUUCUGAAUCACAGUACGGAGACCGUUCCCGUUCCCGUCCCCGAACCCAAGCCGUUGCCCGCUACUGUUGUGCCUAAUGGUGGGGAUAGGGCUCUCAUAAUUGGGAGCCAAAGCGGUGAUGAUGGUGGUUUUAAGGAGGGGUGGAGGAGGCAGAUGAGGAAGAGGAAGAAGACGGUGAGAGUUUUUCACUGUGCGGCUCCCAGGAGGAGUUUCCGGUCGCUGCCUCUGGCUCAGUAUCGCAAGACCAAGAAGACUUCUGCUACAGCGGCGGGGCGUGCCACUAACGAAUUCUCUCCAGCCCUAACUUCUGAAGGAGGUGGAAGGACGACCUUGAUGAUUAAAAACAUCCCCAAUCGCUUCAUGUAAGUUUGUUAUUAAAAUUGACCAAAAUUUAAAAAUAUAAAUAAAUUUAUUUUUUAUUUUUUUAUAUUUGAAAAUGAUAAAUUUUAUAAAUUAUCAAAUUAAAUUUUAUAAAUUAUAUAUUUUAUUUUUGGGUGAUGUAUAAAAUUUCUCAUUUUCAAAUUAUCUAAAAAAUAAAAAAGAAAUUAUUUUAUGUUUCUUAUAAUUUAUUUUGGUUAAUAUGAUAAUAAAUCAUAAAAAUUAGA